AUGGCGCAUCGAACAUAUGGCGAUGAGAAAGUUGAUAUAGAAUCAGAAGCACCACAGAUACCUCCUCUAGCUGAUAUCCCUAUAGAGGAGAGAGCAAAUGUGCUCCCACCGCCUGCUCCCCCACCUGAUGGUGGUUUACGAGCUUGGCUUCAGGUCCUCGGCUGCUAUUUAGUUUUCUUCAAUGUUUGGGGGUUCACAUUUGCUUUCGGACUUUUCCAGAAUUACUAUGAGACUGUUCUCUUAUCUGACAUGAAUCCUUCGGCAAUUUCCUGGGUCGGGACGGUGGGCUCAUACCUGCUCAUUGUCACCGGCGUCAUAUCGGGGCCCCUGUUCGACCUGGGAUUCUAUCGUGUGAUGCUGUUCGGCGGCGCUGCAACCUCGACCUUCGGUGCCAUGAUGUUAAGUCUGUCCACGAAAUACUAUCAGAUCCUCCUAUCUCAAGGCUUUUGUAUGGGACUCGGAUGUGGCGUCCUAUACGUCCCUGGCCUUGCCUUGGUGAGCCGCUCGUUUACUACUCGACGAGCAUUGGCCUUGGGUAUUGUAACUUGUGGUGCACCUAUUGGUGGGAUCAUUUACACAAUCGUAUUCAACGAGCUCAUCGAUAAGAUUGGCUUCGGCUGGACCGUUCGCGUCAUGGGAUUCAUCAUGUUCGCCACUUUCUCUACCGCCUUCCCACUGCUACUCUGGGGUGCCGCAAAUACUGGUGACAUCGCCAGAGGUACCACCAGAAAGAUUUUUGACAAGAACGCAUUCAAAGACCUUGGCUUCUGGCUGUAUACCUGGUCUAACUUCUUUAUCUUCUGCGGUUAUCUAGUUCCCUUCUUCUACAUACCUAGCUAUGGCCAGCUUGGGCUUGGAAUGUCUCGAUCUCUCGCUCUCUACUCCAUAGUGAUCGCCUCAGGCGCGUCUGUGUUCGGGCGACUGGUCGCAGCAAUGGUGGCGCAGCGAACCGGGGCCAUGAUACCUUGGAUCACCUGCGUAGUCGUGUCUGCGAUCAUGUGUUUGAGCUGGAUAGGAAUUCACAGCGUUGCUGCAUUUUUAGUCUUUGCUGCUCUCUACGGUGGAUUCAGCGGUGCGCUCAUCCCUCUGCCUCCAACGAUUUUCCCAACAGUAUGUCCCGACACGAAGGUGCUCGGGGCUCGGUUGGGCAUGGCGCAGGCGAUCGGUGCCUUCGCCUCUUUAAUUGGCAGUCCCAUCGCGGGCUCGCUCGUCAGAGGCGAUGGAAGCACUGGCCAUGAUUACCUUGGUCUACAGCUCUUCUGUGGUUGCAUGAUGCUCUUUGGAUCGUUGCUGCUGGCUGCGCUGUGGUUCUACUUGGUCAAGAAGCGGAAGACUAAUAUUCUCAUCUGA